GACACACACACACACACACACCUUUACUUGACGCUGAGCUCCUGCCUGAAGACAUCAUUAUCCCUCACUCUUCAGUGAGCAGUGUGUGUAUCUGUGCUUUAGGACGACAGACUGAAGAAGCUCUUUCCUCCAUAUACACGCGCACACACACGCACGCGCACACACACACACGCGCAGCGGAUAGAUGGCCGGUUUAAGGAGUGCAGUGCUUGUCCAUGUCCUAGUGUCCGUGCUGGCGGGAAGCUGCGGUGCUCAGGGCGCUGUGCGGGGCGGGAAAGAGCCGGACAACACCGCCGCCAAUUUCCUGGAAGACGAGCAAUGGCUGUCUACGAUCUCUCAGUACAGCCGCAAGAUAAAGCACUGGAACCGCUUCAGAGACGAUGAUUACGUCAGAUCUGUGGACGAUCCCCAGGGGUCUGAAGAAAGUGUGGACACCACCAAGGACCCAUGUCAGAAGGUGAAAUGCAGCUUGCACAAAGUGUGCGUGUCCCAGAACUACCAGCGACCCAUGUGCAUCAACCGCAAAAAACUGGAGCACGGGAUCAGGCAACCUGACACAAAGGCUCACGUAAACAGCUGUAAACCAUGUCCCCUGUCAGCCACAAACCCUGUGUGUGGAUCUGAUGGACAUAACUAUGCUUCACAGUGUAAGUUGGAGCAGCAGGCAUGUUUGAGUGGUAAAACACUAGCUGUUAAGUGUGCAGGCCCCUGUCCGUGUGUUAGCAAGCCGGUUCCAAAACCUGAAAUAGAAGCACCUUCUGUUUUCAAACCAGAGAGCUGCACAGGUCAGGACUUGGCAGAUUUGGGAGACAGGCUCAGAGAUUGGUUUCAGCUUCUCCAUGGCAAUGCUAAAAUGAACAGCUCUGGCAGACAAGGAUCAGGAACAGCGUCAGUGUUCGAGAAGAACUUGGUAGCUGGCUGCAAGGACUCGAUUGGCUGGAUGUUCUCCAAACUGGACACCAGUAAUGACCUCUACCUGGACCAUUCUGAGCUGGCUGCUAUAAACCUGGAGAAGUACGAGGUGUGUAUUAGACCGUUCUUUAACUCCUGCGACUCGUACCGUGACGGCAAGGUGUCCACAGCUGAGUGGUGUCUCUGCUUCUGGAGGGAGAAGCCCCCCUGCCUGGCUGAGAUUGAGAGACUCCAAGUGAAGGAGGUAGCCAAGAGAAAACCAGGUAUGUUCAUCCCAAGUUGUGAUGAAGAUGGCUACUACAGGAAGCUACAGUGUGACCAGAGCAGAGCAGAAUGCUGGUGUGUUGACCUGCAUGGCACUGAGGUCACCGGGUCACGGGUUCGUGGCAAACCUGACUGUGAUGAGUUAAUGGGCUACUCUGGAGACUUUGGCAGUGGACUGGGAUGGAAGGAUGAAGAAGAGAAAGAGACAGAAGAGAACGCAGAAGAGGCUGAAGAAGAAGAAGAUCCCGAACCAGAAGAAACUGAUGAUGGGGGAUACAUCUGGUAGACAAAGUUUCCUGUCAUUAACGCACCUGUGCUCUUCAAGGCCCAUUUGUUAUCAGUCUUAAUUCAUUAGCAUAUUGCUUGAUGGAAGCUGUUGGAAAGGCUUAAUGGGUGAUUUUUACACAUAUUUAUAAUGGAUUUCAGGUUCUUUAACUUCUCAUGCUGUCGCUUUCUCAGAACAUUUAAACCUGAUCAGGUGUAGAACUACAAAAAGAUAUUUGAACUUGAAAUAAUCACAUUUAAGCAUUAAAUUAUGUUGCCUAUGCUAGCUUACAGCCACAUGAUAAUGUGCUGAGUAUAACGUGUUCAUCAUUAAUCAUGUCUAAAACAGUGAUGUGAAUGGGAGUCUAUGCUGCUGUUAAGAAAGCGAAACUAGGGAACUUGCUUGCUUGUAAUUGAGAAACUUCUGAGCUUUAGACAUUAACCUCUGACUGAGGUUUUGAUUCUGGUUACAGUAUGUUUUAUAUUAGCUUGUGUAAUAGCGAAAAAGAAAGUGGCUCAGUUGUGCUGAGGAACAACCGCUCAUUUAAGGGAAUCACUAUCUUUUAAGUAAUGUAAUUAAUUCAUUUAAUCCAUAUUAGACAGGCAUGAACACAAGUUUGAUCUCCUGUUUAUGUUCCUGUUCAUAAUGAGCUGUAAUAUAUCUCUGUUAUGUAUUUAUAACUUUAGUAUAUAUAAGUUAUAAAUAACAUUACUUUCAUUAUGUAUUUAUUUCAAACCACUAAUAGAGCCGGUAAUGAUGGUGAUAAGAGAAACACGAAUGUUUAAUCCAAUCAAAAGUCAAAUUUUAUAACGGAUAAAAAUGAGCAUAAUGUAUAAAACACAACCGUUACUGAGUUGUUGUUGUUUUUGUUUUGUUUUUUAAUCAUUUUUUAUUAUGCACAACCACAUCUGAUGAUAAAGUUGUCAUGUGUGUUUGUUUUUUCCUGAAUGUCCUCCUCUUCAUUUUCUUUAUACUUUACUGGAAAUUCUGUACUAAACUCAAAGAUUGCAUUUCGCAGGAUUUUUCACAAGGAGUGUGAUCGAUAGUUUUUACAGUACUUGCAUGUUAGAUAAGAGGAAUGUACAGUUACUGUAUGAAUGUUAAAAAAAUAUAGCACUCUGAUAUGACAUCUUUAUGUUCUUCAUGUCGCUGUAAGUAGUUGUGAUGAACGGAGACAUCAGUGCAGUCCAAACAAGGUGACAGAAUGAAAAAAAAAAGAAAAGAAAAAAGAAAAAAAGGUUAUUGUGUACAAUAUAAUAAGUUGUGUUUAAAUUGUUGCAUUUUGUCAUUUAUUAUAUGGAAAUAGAAGUACUGUAUAUCGUGACAUUUUGAAGGAAACGCUCUUUGACAGAACAACCUAGAUUAAGAGUUUAAAUGUGCAGGAAUGUUAAGGAUCGCUGUGUAAAUUAUAUAAACUUAAGGAAAGGAUUAUUUAUUAUUAUUAUUAUUAUUAUUAUCUGGAAAGAUUUGCUAGAUGAAUGAUUAGAAGUGAUGAACACAUCCCACACAAGCGUACCAGCACUGUAACAGCUUUGUAAUGACAUAUUCUUUUGUGAAUGUCAGAUUCAGAUGACGCUGCUGCCUUCUUUCAUGAAUCUACGACAUGUAGAAAAAAAAAAGAUCUGUAGUGUAUAAACAUAGCUAUCUGCUGGGAAUUAUUGUGAUUAUGCUUGCAUCGUCACUGUUUGCGUACUGUAUGUAAAGUUGGUUAUGUAGAGCUGUCGGAAGUGAUUAAAUCAAUGUUCUUUAAUGUAACGUGAGAGAAUAUCAGCAAAAUGCAGAGAUCUUGUGAUUAGCUGAUACUUCACACAUGCUGUGUUCAAGCUUACAGGAGAGACAUGAACGUGCGCUGUAGUUCCAAGACGCCUUAUUUUAUUUCGCAUUCAAACCAGAUAUUCGGAUGAAAAAAUGUUGAAUUCAGUCUUAAUUCACACGUUAAAGUUAUCUGAACAGAUACAAGUCCAAACGAAACCAUGAAACAUUACAAAAUAUCCAAGAUCGAAAUCCUACAGAAGAACAUCCACUCCUUUUAUCUCUCCUGCUUUACAUUAGCAUUACGCUGCUAUCGUGUACUCAUCUCUGCUUCGCUCAGCUCGUGACAUGUUUUCUCACUGUGUUUGAUAUUUGAUAAUAAACCAGCACUGGAAUUAU